GCCCCAGUGGCGGGUCCUGGGUCUCCCCAUUAUUCGUGCCCUCCAAGAGCCCCAGGGAUUCCCUGUGGCAGGGAUCCCCAGAGUAGAGACCCCCUGACCUACUAAUUCCGUUCCUGGAGUCCCUCUCCCUGGGCACUCAUUGACCAGGAGAGCAAGGCCGGAAUCACUGUCUAAACUCUGCAGGAGAAUGUGGGGGUCCCCCAGAAGACCGCCUGCACCCCUAUGGCCAGCCCGAUCGUCCCCAGCCCCACCCCCUAGCAUCAGGUCCCUUCAGUGCUCACACUCAACCCACCCGCAGGACUUGAUUGCCGGUUUUUCCCGCCUCGUUUUCCCGCCUUCUCCCGGCUGUCCAGGCGGGCAGGGCUGCCCUGCCCCCUCCGCCUUGCCUGCUCUGCUCUGGCCAGUCUUGGCGGGCACACAGUAACCCAUGCUGGGCGCUUGGACAGGGUGCUCAGAGCUGGGGGGCCCAGCAGUGGGGAAGACUGACCCUGCGGGUGGUCUCUGGGAGGGUAAAUUCUUAUCUGGGGAGACAGGCAAGAAAUGAAUAAAUGAAGCGGAUCAUUUCAGACACUAGGUGCAGUGAAGACAGGACAAUAGCUGGAGAGUGACCAGCAGCCAUGUGGGGGUGGGGAGAGCGGAUAUUCUGGUUGAAGUGGAGAGGUGGGCCUCUCUGGGAAGAUGACAUUUGAGCUGAGAUCUGAGAGGAGAAACCAAGGAUAGAUGGGCCCAGCAAGGGAGGGCAAGCUCAGAGGCAGGAAAAGGCUGAAGGGUGUAGGGGGAGCCGCAAGGAGGCCGGCGUAGGCUGGACAGACGCGAAAGAAGGGAGGUCGGAAGGGGACGAGGUCAGAGGGGUGUCAGAUAAGGUCUCACAGGCCACCAGGAGAGCUUUGGUUUUCCUCUUGGGAGCAGCAAGUAGCAUGGGAAGGCUGUGAGCAGAAAAGCAAUGAGUCCCCAUCUGUUUCACAAGGCUUCUCCGGCACUGUGUAGAGUCCCUUCCAGCUUGGCAUUGGCGCUUCUGCUCUGAUUUCCCCAGGUGCAAACAGAGUCAUGCCCCGACCCCGAGAUGUCCACAUCCUAAUCCCUGGAGCCACCGAACAGGGUAGCUUCCGUGGCAACAGGGACUUUGCAGAUAGGGUUAAAUGAAAGAUCUUGAGAUGGGGCGAUUUGUCUAGAUCGUCCAAGCUGGCCCGACGUCCUCAUGAGAUUCCUGAUAAGUGAGAGGAGAGAGGGUCAGAGUGACAACGGAAGCAGGGGUUGGAACGAUGAGACCAAGAGGCAAGGACUGUGGGAAGCCCCUAGGGGCUAGAGAAGGCAGGGGACAGAUUCUUCCUCCUAGACCCCUGGAACACAGUCCUGCUGACACCUCGAUAUUACCCCUCGGACCCAUUUCAGACUCCUGACCUCCAGAACUGCGAGAGUAUCAAGUUGGGUUGUUUUAAGCCACUAAACGUGUGGUGAUUUGUUACAGAAGCCAUAGGAAACUAACAUGCUCCAAUGCACAAAGCCCAGACACACUAACUGUCUCCAACUUCAGGACCCUGCUAGCAGACAUGCUCCGGGUGCUCAGCCAUCAGCCACGAGUGGGCCACGUCGCGGGUGCGAGCAGGUAUCAAGCAGGCCUGCUGGCGCCUGUGAAGCAAACGAGACCUUCCAAAUGGAGAAUACCUGCUGCAGGAAGCUGGCCCAUCCCUGGUGCAAGCGUAUCAUCCGCUCAUGCCUGCUGCGGCAGAAACACAGCGUGGCCCAAAGAGGGGAUGCAUCUGGUGCAGGGCCCGCAGCCCAGGCUCCUUCGACACCUGAGGUUAACGCAGAAAGAGGUGUCUGGCGUUCCCUGCAGAAAAGCCCGCGAGGGGUAGUAACACAGGGCCCCAUCUCUCUACUCAUUUCGAGACAGUCAGAGGAGUUAUUUGGGUUAAUUAACAAACACGAAUAAUGCUAUGCCAAGCAUCUCCGAAAGAUGCUUACAAACCAGUCAGGGAGACGAGGUAUCGAUGUCCACAAAAGACAUCGUGUAAAUUCAAAUGGCACAGCAGAGACGAUGGAUGAGGCCUGCCAGAGUCUGGAAAAUGGACACUUCCGAGUGCUUCUUCCACAUCGGUGUCUCUCGCUCUUAAGCACCAGCCCAUGUGCAAAUCAGGUACCAGGAAAAGCUGGUAGGUGGCAAAGGGCCUCGGUUUCCCUUCUGCAAAAUGAUAUGCUCUUAAAGGUCAGUAAGUCAUUCAACAAACUUGUAUUAACCUCCCUUGUCCAAACCAGGUCCUGGGGCCAGCAGACAUUGGUGGACAUGAAGCUUCCUGAGACAAAGCCCCACCCUGGAGGGGCUCCCGACCAAUGGGGGAGACAUAGGAGAACAGAGAAACCUCAGUUGUGCAGGGAGAUGGUUCUUCGUGACGGCGUGCAUCUGUGGGUGGACCACACAAUGCUCCGAGCCAAUGCCAUUCAUGCCAGGUUUCUUGUCUGGGCUGUAUUCUAAACAGGCGGGCAUAAAUAUAAAGCCAUUAAAAUGAAGGUGAUUGUGUAUGACCCUGAACAUGUGAGCCCGGAGAGGCGCACAGACCACAUCGGGCAGCCGUCCGAUGGGGCAGACAGUAUCUCUGCGCCCAGUCACUGAGCUGCUCCUGACACCCACCUCAGCAGAGCACUUGGAAGGGCUCUUCCCACCCAGGCCCCCCAAACCCUGGCAUGGCGACAGGUGUUGCCUGUGUGGCAGAAAUGAUGGCUCCUGACAGUUGUUUUUGCUCGUUAUUGCCUAGGAAAGACUGGUCGGGACCGUUUCGCCAACCGGUGGGGACUCUGGGAUUCCCAAGCUGCCGCCCACUCCCAAGCAACUAUCCUGCCUCCCCUCCUCCGGGCCAUUGGGGAUCCCUUCCCAGAACCCUGGCUGGAUGAUGUCACAGAUGGGUGACCUCACUGCGGCCAAGGAACUGGGCACCUCAGUGGCAUGGAGGAGGGGGAGGAUGUUUCCCCAGCCACCCAACCCUCCAUGUCUGUGGUGAAGUUGAUCGAUUUAGUGCUGCCCAAGGAUGCGAUCUACCUGGCUGGCUCCUGCGUAAAAGGGCAGGUGGUUCUCACCCUGCACAGCACCCUGGUGGACCCCAUCGUGAAGGUGGAGCUCGUGGGACGGGGCUACGUGGAGUGGAACGAGGAAGUCGGGGCAUACCGCGAUUACAGCAGGGAUGUCAUUUGUAACAACAAGGCCGACUACGUGCACAAGACGAAGACGUUCCCAGUGGCGGAUAAUUGGUUAAGUGCAGGCAGCCACACCUUUGACUUCCAUUUCAACUUACCUCCCAGGCUCCCUUCUACCUUCGCCAGCAAAAUCGGCCACGUCUUCUACUACGUGCAGGCCUCCUGCGUGGGCCGGGAGCACAUACUGGCCAAGAAGAGGAUGUACUUGCUAGUUCAAGGGACUUCGGACUUCCACAGAGAAAACCCGCUGCAGAAUCCCCUGUUCGUGGAGGCUAAGAAGAAGGUUUCUUACAACUGCUGCAGCCAGGGCACCAUCUGCCUCCAGAUCCAGAUGCAAAAGAACAGCUUCACGCCCGGGGAGAGGGUCAUCUUCACCACGGAGGUCAGCAACCAGACCGGCAAGUGCAUCAAGACAGUCGUCUUUGCCCUCUACGCCCACGUGCAGUACCGGGGCUUCACCCCCAAGGCGGAGCAGCGGUCACGUAUGGACAGCAGCACACUCCUCCGGCAGGAGGCCAAUACCCAGAUCGCGCCCUUCAACACCGCCAAGAUCGUCAGCACCCUCGGCCUCCCGCCUGUGCUGUCUGUGAGCAGCGACGUGGCCGACAGCGAGAUCAUGAGCACCCAGUACGAGCUGGUCGGCACCGUCCACCUGCCCUGGUCCCUGACCUGCGUGAAGGCCAAGGUCCCCAUCGUCAUCACCAGGACCGCCUUGGACUCAGACAGCUGCCAGCCGCAGGAGGGGGCGGGUGUACCCGUGAGGGAGGAUUGCCAGCAUUAAGUGCCCAAACUUCUAAAUAUCGAGAGUUUUAUCACUCUACCGGUGGCCCUUCCUUCGUCUUGCACAGGUGGCCUUCCCAUGGGUCUGGGUGUGCGGGGGCACCUUGCCUGAGCUUCCCCAGGCUCCAGCCGCUUCGGCAUCCAUUUCUCCCACCACCCCCCCCAGAAAGGUCACGGCCAGAAGACAAAGUGAACCGACAAGCUGUCCUGACCCUGCCGCGAGUUCGUUAGCCAGCGCUCCAGACCCAUCUCCGUGAUGGAGUCUAAAGGUGCUGACCAGGGGUCCUCAGCCAGGUUCUGUCCUGCAGGGGACGCCGGGCCAUGUCUGGGAUAUCCACGGGUUCACGAGUGUAGGGGUGCUCCUGGCACCAAGUGGGUGGGGGCCAGGACAGCCCGGGCCCAGGGAGUGAUCUGGCCCCAAAUGUCAGCAGUGCCGAGGGGGAGAGCAGUUCACGGGGAGCAGGUGGCCAUCAAGUCCCAGGGCUGGGUCUAUGGGCCUGUCACCCACAUCGGCUCCUGCUGCUGCUCCCACUCACACCCCUCCUGGGGUUCCACCCACUCCACUUGGGGUAAAAGCCAAAAUCGUGCCCGCAAACGGCAUACACGAUGGCCACCUCCAGCCCACCGGCAAGCAGGAGCUCUCCUCCCAAAUCUGCCCGGAGCCUGCUCAUGUCCCUCCCCCCACCGCCUCAGCGUGCUUCCGUCCGUCCGUCCGUCCGUCCACCAUCUCCACUCACCUGGACCAGUGCGGUCACCUGCCCCGCCCCCGCAAAUAAAAACCUAGAACACCCACUUAAACUUGAAGGUCAGAGAAACAGUAAUUUUUUUUUUUUUCAGCAUAAGUAUAUCCCGCACCAUACUCGGGAUAUACUUAAGCUUAAAAUAUCAUCCGAUGUUUAUCAGCUCUUCCAAUGUGAGCCAGCGACCUGGACGUUAUCCCGCAAUCCAGUUCCCCAAGCAAGUAGAAGACCCUCCGCACAGAUCAGGCCCCCUCAGUCCUCGACCUAAAACCUUCACCGUUCCCACAGCACCGGCCUUGGCCCACCAGGCCCUGCAGGGCCAGGAAUGGACCGGAGUCUGGUUUUCAGGCUCAUGACUCUGAAAUGUUUCUCCAGGCAACUGCAGGCUGUAAAACACACCCGCAGCUGCCUUGCCUGCCGCAGGCAGGAGGCAUAUAAACUUGCAUGGCAGCCCUCCACCCCACCCCCCGCGGCAUCCUGGAAGAUUCCGGAAGAGGCGGCAGGUAACGCCAACGGAGCCACUGUUGCAGAUCCAACUUUUCUUGGGAAGCGGGGCAGACAGGAUACACAGAUUUAUUUGUCUUCCAUUUUGGGGGGUGGAGGCAAAGACCCCUCACUUUUAACCGUUUUCAGGGUAUCUGCAAAGGAGCCAGUGGGGUGGGUGUCCUGGCUCCCCGGAGGGGGUCCCAGCGUGGGGAGGUGCCCCCGUUGCCUUGGGUGUGGGAUCUUCGCUUUGCACAGGACAAAAGGAUCCAUCCCUGGUGUGGCAUCAUCAGGCUGCCUCACUUCCCAGAAACUCACAAAAAAACUUGGCCGGGGUAGGGAGGUGGGGCGGGGGUCUUGCAUCACCUAAUGUCCUCAGC